AUGCGUAUUUCCAUUUCUUUGAUCCUCGCUGUCCUUGCUGGCUCCUCUCUGGCCUUCCCUUACGCUGAGGGAUACCCGAGCAACAGCAGCAGCAGCAGCACCUCCACCACCUCCUGCUCCUCUGCCUCCACUACUUCUGUCUCGACCACCUCGACCUGGCCAACCUCUUCUUCCUCUACUACUUCUUCUGAGUGGACCUCUAGCUCCUGUUCAAGCUCGUCAACUAAGCAUCCGACAACCACCAGCUCUUCGUCGAGUUCUACGAAGACCUCUACUUCGACGACUUCCCCAUGGACUCACUCCACGAGCCCUGGCACGGAUACCACCACUACUACCACCACGACGAAGAAGCCACAUACCACGAGCUCCAGUACUUCUGCGCCCACGACCUCCACCACGUCUACCACGGAGAUCUGGACCACAUACACCACCACUGAAUGGAUUACCAAGACUAAAUUCAUUCCUUGCUCAACUCCUAUUGCAACUCAAGGGGCCACAACGUACUACUCGACUUGGUUGACUUCUAAGAUCUGGACCACCACAUCUUGCUACCCUGUCAGCACUCACUGGCAUCCGGCUCCCCCUCCGGCCAAACCAACAGUCACUCCCGCUCCCGUUCCCCCCGUCCCAAGCUGCCCUGCUGUGGUCACCAAGACUGUGACUGUUACCGUCACUGAACCGGCUUGGGGCUCCUACUACCCACCGGGUAAAUGCCAUAAAUGCCAGACCAUCACUUACACUGAUGUUUGGGGCUACAUUGUCACGAUUGCCAUCCCUAACCAACCCACUCCUCCUGCCCAGCCUUCCACUACCUCGUCUUCCACCACCCGGAAGCCUCAUUCCACCACCACCUCUACAUGGACAUCGAUGACCACAUCUACUACCAAGCCCCAUGACAACACUUCCACUUCCACCUCCUCCUCUACCAGCACUACAUCCAAGAGCUCCAGUACCACGAGCGCUUCCACCUCCACUAGUACCACCAGCACUUCCACCUCCACCUCGGCCACAGAAACUAGUAGCUACACUCCUACCUCGUGGGCCAAGGCUAAAAUGUUUUAA